AUGGAGCGACUCAGGGAUCCUGCAGUCCACUCUUCCCUCGUAUCUCCUAAGAACUUCCUCUUCUCCUCUAAUCCUAAUCCUGUCUCUUCACGAGUCAGGUCUUCACUCCCUCGAACCAUGGAUAAAUCACAGCAACCCAGCUCGUUCCAGCAGCUGGAAAAGCUCGGAGAGGGCACCUAUGCCACUGUCUUCAAAGGGCGCAAUCGCCAGACAGGCGAAAUGGUCGCCCUAAAGGAAAUCCACCUCGACUCCGAAGAAGGCACCCCCUCCACCGCGAUCCGCGAGAUCUCCCUAAUGAAAGAACUCAAGCACGAAAGCAUCGUCUCCCUCUACGACGUAAUCCACACCGAGAACAAGCUCAUGCUAGUCUUCGAAUUCAUGGACCGAGAUCUGAAGCGAUACAUGGACACCCGCGGUGACCGAGGCCAACUAGACCCGGCAACAAUCAAAUCAUUCAUGCACCAACUGAUGAAGGGAAUCGAAUUUUGUCACGAGAAUAGAGUUCUCCACCGAGAUCUGAAGCCACAGAACCUCCUAAUCAACAAAAAAGGCCAGCUCAAACUCGGCGACUUCGGUCUCGCCCGCGCAUUCGGUAUCCCCGUCAACACCUUCUCCAACGAGGUCGUUACACUUUGGUACCGUGCCCCGGACGUCCUCCUCGGCAGCCGCACUUAUAACACCUCCAUCGAUAUCUGGUCCGCUGGCUGCAUUAUGGCAGAGAUGUAUACAGGUCGACCCUUGUUCCCGGGAACAACGAACGAAGACCAAUUGUUGAAAAUUUUCCGACUCAUGGGGACACCUUCGGAACGCUCUUGGCCCGGAAUUUCGCAAUUGCCUGAAUAUAAGCCGACAUUCCACGUUUACGCGACGCAGGAUUUGGGCCUGAUCUUGCCUCAAAUUGAUCCCUUGGGUUUGGAUCUGCUUAAUCGCAUGCUUCAACUACGUCCCGAAAUGCGGAUUAGUGCCGCCGAUGCCCUGCAGCACCCUUGGUUCCAUGAUUUGCCUCAGGUUCAGGCUCAAUUGCAGCAGCAACAGCAGCAACAGCAGAUGGCGGGUGCUUAUGGGGGAAUCGUUCCUCCUCAAUCUGCGUAUUAG